UUUUUUUAUUUAUUUAGUCAACAACUCAUUUUUUCCUUUUUAAUUCAGAACAGAAUGCAAAUUCACAACCUUGCCAUUAUUUUCGGACCUUCAAUGUUUUGCUCAGAUGAAAGAAAUUUUAAAACAACUCAGGACAAAGGAAAAUCAAAUAAUAUUGGGAAAAGAAAAACUGUGGAUAAACGACAGGAAGAAGUUCAAAAUCAGCCUUUAAUUGUAGAGCCUACACAAAACUUAGCCUUUCGAAUGAUUACUUAUGGCCAGAUUCUCGAAUUUAUUUUAACUGAAGCUGAGAGGUUUAUAUUUAAUUAUUUUAUUUUUUGGGAGAGGGUUAUUUUUUGGUUGAAAUUAAUUUUAAAAUUUUUUAAAUGA